AUGAAUACAAAAAUUAUUUCUUGGAAUGUUAAUGGGUUGGCAGAUAGUAACAAGAGGGAUGAUCUUAGAGUUCUCAUCGGGCUUUGGAAACCUUUAAUUAUUUGCAUUCAGGAAACUCACAUGGAAGGUUUGCAGCGUCAUCAGGUUAGACAAAUUUGGGGUGCUAACAAUUUUGAUUGGGUGGCGUUAGAUUCUAUUGGACAGUCAGGUGGCAUCCUUAUGAUCUGGAAUAGCAACAAAGUGGUUAUGAUUGAGUCUCUUCUUGGUGCGUUUUCGAUUUCAAUAAGAUGCAAAUAUAUCAAUGAUGAUUUUGUCUGGUUACUAACCUCUGUCUAUGGUCCGGUGCUCAAUUUCGAAAAAGAUCAAUUUUGGGAAGAACUCGGAGACAAUCGAUACUUAUGGAAUGAUCCUUGGGUCUUCUCGGGUGACUUUAAUGUCACCAGAUUUGCUUCCGAAACAUAUAGGACCCAAUCUAUCACCAGUUUUUUGCGCAAGUUUGCCAAUCUCGUUCACGAUCACCACCUACUCGACCUUCCUCUUGUGGGUAGUCAUCUUACUUGGUCAAGAAACUCGUCAUGGAGCAAGUUGGAUCGGUUCCUCAUUUCUUCUGAAUGGGAGGACCUUUUUCUUAGAAUAGAGCAAUCUACUCUUCCAAAACCCUUCUCUGACCACAUCCUCAUUGGGCUUUCUACUGAAGAAGAAGGAUGGGGGCCAACUCCUUGCAGAUUCGAAAAAAUGUGGCUUCAAGAUGAUUCCAUUAUGGGUCUUAUGGAGAGCUGGUGGAGGUCUUUUUCCUUCUCUGGUUCACCUGGUUUUGUUCUUGCAAAGAAAAUGCAAGCCUUAAAAGAGAAAUUAAAAGUAUGGAAUAGAGAAGUGUUUCGCAAGAUUGAGAGGCUGGUGCAAGAAAAUUUAAUCUCUAUUCAAAGCAUUGCAGCGAGAGUUUUCCUUGAUCCUAGUAAUGACCAGUUGUUGAAUGAGCAAAUCGUAGCGAAGGCAGAAUUCAAAAGAUUAGCCAAAAUGCAUAACGAUUUCUAG